AUGGCAAACCCAACAGCAGGGAAGUCUUCAAUCAGGGCUAAGCUAUCUAGCUCUUCCCUAUCAAACUUAUUCAAAAGUAACCGAAACAAAAGACAUCACGACGAGGCGGAGGAGCAAGAUAACGAGCAUCAGCAGGAUGAGCAGGACCAUGAACAAGAAAAUAAAGACGCUCAGCUCAGCCCAAGGAAGCGCCGUCGCUUAGCCAAAGAAUUCGAAGAAAACGAGGCCCGUUUGAAUACCGAAUUGCCCAAGGAGCUGCGCAAGUAUCGUCCAAAGGGUUUCAGGUUCAACCUGCCCCCCACAGACAGACCCAUCAGAAUAUAUGCGGACGGUGUGUUCGAUCUUUUCCAUCUGGGCCAUAUGAAGCAACUGGAACAGUGUAAAAAGGCCUUCCCUAACGUAACACUCAUAGUCGGCGUACCCAGCGACAAAAUCACCCAUAAAUUAAAAGGUUUGACCGUGCUGACCGACAAACAGCGUUGCGAAACUCUGAUGCAUUGCAAAUGGGUCGAUGAAGUCAUACCAAACGCUCCCUGGUGCGUCACCCCGGAAUUCCUACUCAAACACAAGAUCGACUAUGUGGCCCACGACGACAUCCCCUACGUCAGCGCAGAGAGUGAUGAUAUCUACAAGCCGAUAAAGGAGAUGGGCAAGUUCCUGACCACCCAAAGAACCAACGGUGUCUCCACAAGUGACAUCAUCACCAAGAUCAUCAGGGACUAUGACAAGUAUCUGAUGAGGAAUUUCGCAAGAGGAGCCACUAGGCAAGAGUUGAACGUUUCUUGGUUAAAGAAAAACGAGCUGGAGUUCAAAAAACACAUCAACGAGUUCAGAUCGUAUUUCAAGAAAAACCAGACAAAUUUGAACAAUGCCUYCAGAGAUUUGUAUUUCGAAGUGCGUGAAAUCCUACUAAAGAAAACCCUGGGCAAGAAACUCUAUUCCAAGUUGAUAGGCAACGAAUUGAAGAAACAGGGCCAACGACAAAGACAGCAGAAUUUCUUGGACGACCCGCUUACCAGAAAACUAAUCAGGGAAGCCUCCCCAGCCACAGAGUUUGCCAAUGAGUUCACCGGUGAAAAGGCUACCACCACAUCAGCAAAUAAAUCCAUUUUCAGCCAAGACGAUGAUGAAGACACGAACUCCAACACAAACACAAAUACGAACUCGGAGUCUGAUUCAAACACAAACUCGACCCCUCCCAGUGAUAACGAUGAUGAUAAUGACGACAGUGAUAGCCUAACUUUGGAAAACUUGACUCAAAAGAGAAAGAACCCCAGGAACUGA